UAAGGAUAUCGGGUGUUGCGUGACAUACAUACACACCUGGAUUGUAUAAAGAAGACACAGUCAUGUCGAUCAUGAGCGUUCUGCUAUCCGCCGUCAACUGGCCAUGGAGCCUCCAGACGUUGCUAAUCGGUGUUGUCGUCAUCAUCACGACGGUGCUGUGGAAGCGGGCUGCAACAGCCGGCUUGCCGCCUGGACCGAGAGGGCUGCCUCUGGUCGGGAACUUGUUCACCAUGAUCAGGAGUAAGGAUAGCCCAGUAGUUUAUCAAGAAUGGUCUAAGAAGUACGGGGACGUCUUCACCGUGUACGCGUUUCGUCAUCCGAGGGUUGUUCUGAACGGCUUUAGUGCCAUCCGCGAGGCUCUGGUGACGAACGCCGAUGUUUUCUCCAGCCGUCCUCACUUCCCAGUUCCUGGCUCUCCAGAUCAGAGUGCAAAAGGAUUGCUCCUGGAGCCGUACACUGCUCGUUUCAAAGAGCACAAGAAGUUCACCAUGUCCGCUCUUCGGGACUUCGGCGUCGGCAAGAGGAGCAUGGAAGGCAAGAUCCUAGAAGAGGCACGGGCACUCAGUGAUGUCAUCACGAAGAAAGAAAACCAGUCCUUCUGCAUCUCUCGGCUGUUGAAGAAUACAACUUGCAAUGUCAUCAGCUCAAUCGUAUUCGGUUCUCGCUACGAGUACGAUGAUGUCAAGGGUAAAGAACUUCUACAGAUGAUCGAACAAACGUUCUCUACCAAGACCCUUGGAUUGCUACCGAUUGCCUUUCCAGUGGCUCGGGUGAUUCCUAGCCUAAAGAAGACAUCUGAACGGUAUGUAAACAACCAACGCAAGCUGAUGCAACACAUCCGAGAGGAAAUAACACAUCACAAGGAGACGUUUGACCCGAAUGACAUCAGGGACUUCGUGGACGCAUUUCUCCUGGAAGCUAAAAAGCGAGAGGGAGACGAGCAUUCGACCUUCACCGAAGAGCAACAUGUUACGCUCGUCCGCCAGGUGUUCUUGGCAGGUACUGACACAACAGCGACCACCUUGCACUGGGCCGUGCUGUUCAUGAUUCUCCAUCCGGACAUCCAGCAGAAAGUACAGCAGGAGAUAGACAGCGUGCUGGGACCCAACCAGGACCCCUCCAUGGAACAUCGCAGCAAGAUGCCCUACACGGAGGCCACUUUGAGUGAAAUAAGCAGGAUGGCAGCAACCGCUCCAAUGACAGCUUUGCACUUUACCACCAGUGAUAUAGUCUUCAGGGGUUAUCACAUUCCUAAGUCUACACGAGUAGAGGUGAACAUCUGGUCGGUGCUGCGCGACCCACAGCUCUGGCCCGAGCCGAACAAGUUUGACCCAGCCCGCUUUCUUGACGACAGUGGGAACUUCGUUAGGAGGGAGGAUCUGAUCAUGUUUUCUAUGGGUCGUCGCCUCUGUCCUGGUGAACGGCUGGCCAAGGUGGAGCUGUUCCUGAUCUUCACCUCCCUGCUGCAGCGCUUCACCUUUAAACCGCCAGAGGGCAGUGCCGUGCCGUCUGCCGAGGGAGUCUUCGGAUUUGUACAUUCCCCGGUACCAUUUCAGCUGGUCGCUGAACCAAGGAAGAAAUAAUAAAACCCGCAAGUCUGUUUAGGAGUUAUCAUACCAUAAGUUUGGAUGUAAAUGUCAUUUCAGAGGGUGAUAGGUAUGCUUAUUACGCCGGUAUCACUGACAGUGCAGUACGAGCGGUAGCGGCAGCGAUGAUGUUACAGUGACGCAUGGUAGGCAAAAACCAGGUGUUUUGCAAAAUAUUUAUUUACAUAGUUAGCACUAAUUUGAUCUGCUAAUCUAAAUAUCAAUUUUUAAUCCAAUUGUUGUAGACACCAGCCGUCGAAUACCCCGGAUAUAAUAUGAACAACAACAGCGAUCGCUCGUAUACUAGAAAUACAAAUGUUUAUUUAUCAGAUGUACAUAGCACGUAACUACCAUAAUCAAUAAUCAUACCAAAGAUGUCCCACACUUCAAUCAUCAAUAUUCACUAAAGCAGUCGCGUUGGUAGGAUAUGUUUAACGGGUCCUAUUUAGCCAUUCUAAGCUUUCGUCAGAGAUUAGUACGUUUGGAAUAUUUUAGGUACAUUCUUUUGUCAGUUAAGGUAAGGGUACUGUUUGACUUAAGAAACGUGCUAUCUUUCUGUCUACCUUUGUAAUUGACAUUACAUAUAUGUUGCAUAAACCGCAUUACAAUAACGAAGUGUUUAAGUCUUAUUUGCUUAUUUAGAAGGCCAAACGUUUCUUGUAACGCUAGUUCACCUUUAUCCACGGCAUAACCUAUUUCCGUUGUUUUAGAAAUAGGGUAUUUAAAGAUAUCAUUUCUCUCGCCUUACAAAAAUUAAUGUUAUCUACAUGAUCUGCACGUAAUCUGUAUAAUCUACAAGUAUUAAUGGUGACUGCCUAGCGAUGUAAGUUAUUUUGCCCCUGAUAUAUGUGGGUUUAUUUGGGUAUUAAUUACAGUCGUUUAAUAAAGGGUGUAACCAAAGAAUAUAACCUUAUUCACGAAGGCAACAAGGAAUACGUUUUAUGUAAAUAAUGAGAAAAAAGAUUGAGAAGAAAAUGAAUGUACGGUGUGAAGACUCUUAACAGUUGCCCUUUGUUAACUUCAACCAUAGAAUUACUUAAGUGCUUUCCAUCACACAAAGUUUCUACUGUGAAGAAAGACACUGAAAAAUGUCUGCGCAUAGUGUAGUAAGCCAACUUGCACUUUGUGCAUGGAAGGAUCUGCUGCAAUACCAAGCAGUGUUGUAAGAUGGCGCUGUAAGACUGUAAGUACUAGCAUCUACAUAUGUAACGUUAGGGAUGGAAUUUAGCUGCGACUUUCUCACGUGUUGCACACACUGCAUGAAGAUUUGUGUGAGUGAGUGUGACUUCAAUAUCAAUUCAAUGGGAAGCAUAUGCUUCAGUCUAGACCUCAGUAUCUUUAUUUCUUUCAGACAUUUACACUUGUAGAUACAAUCUAUAUUUCACUUGGAUUUCCCCAGUUACCAUUUUGCUGGUGACCAGUUACUUCUACAUACUAACAGCUAACUUUUACCAUAUUUUUCUGACAUCCGAACCAGAUACAUUAUCGUCAGGCAAUUUACUUAAUCAUCCUGGUAUCCUUGGCAUGCAUGUUGUUCUACAUUACAAUUACCCAACAUUCAUCCAUACACUAACAUUCAUCCAAACAAAUCACACAACAAAUAGCAUUUCAACAUGAGGACCAUUUUUAAUACUUCUUGAGAUGCUAUACAAAUAAAUUUUGAAUGUCCUUUCGUAGACAUCACACAUGUUAAAGAUGUAUACAAUAAAUAUGACAUUAGGGUUUGCUUGUCUUGUUAAUGAACAGUGACAAUGGAUACAUGUAUGUACACAACGUGUGUGGAUAGGCCUGCCUAUAAAAAUAACUCUCACAUUCCCCGGCUGGGACUGUCAGGGCACAACAUACCACAAUCCUUUCUUCUCAUACUUUUUUUUUAAUAAUAUUAAAUAUUAAUAAUCUCUAUCAACCCUGUUAUCGGCAUUCUACACAAGCGUACUAGCACCAGUACAGCAGGAGGUAUUGUCGUGCCCUGUGAGUCCCGUCCGGGCCGUUAGUUGACCCGCUGUAUGGUGACACCGUACCCGCCUGGCCCUGAGUCUGCCACGCACGUGGCAAGAGGCACUGGCUUUGCGAGUACCGAGGAAAAAUGGAUGGGAGAGGGAUAUGACUACAUGAUGCACACGACUACCACAAAUACUGUGAGGGUGGUGAAAUGGGCUGCCGUCCCUCGAAGCACUCCGUGAUGGCCCUGGUCUUGUGACAACAGUUUUCGUUGUCACGUUUUGCUAUGGAUUCUUUUGCUCAGUUGCAUCUGCUUGCUACAAGGCAUUAGCAAUGUUUUUUGUUGCUACACAGAAAAGGGCUUUGCUAUUUAUUGGGAAAGUGCAAUGGAAGAACGGCCAUCUUGGAGCACUCUUCACAAAUUUUCCAUCCAACAAUGUUACACAACCUUACCACACUGCCAGGUAUGUUACCCAAGUCCCACAGCCCUCUGCCUUAAACAGCUGAGGUAGUUGGGAACAGAGGACAUCAGGAAAUAAGGUAACAUCUUGUCUACAAUCAGAAAUAAGUAUUGUUUCAAUAUCACCAUGAUUUCAUAAGAAUGUUCAUCCAACAUUGGUCUAACUGAUUGUUUUAGCGUGUGGUACGGUUGGUUAACAACAACACACCUCGUUACUACAUAUGUUACACCCAGCAUGCAUCAUCAUCAUCCUAUGUAAAUAAGAAGCCGCAGCUUUCCUUAAAAUUCCAGCUGAGGAGGCAGAGAUUGGUACAGAAACAGGCUGAUCUGAAAGACCACCGCAUCUACCAAUAGUAACAUACAAGCAUCACUUGGUGAGAUUUCAAUUACAUCAUCGUUCAACUACCGUUUUAGAGAAUUUCACUUACAUUUGCUAAAUACUGAGUACUUUGAAUUAUCACUACAUGUCCUUUUAACUAGCUGCUAC